AUGAGGCCGUACGUGCUAGUCGUCGUUGGUACCUUGUUGUCUCUUGCUUUCUCGGCAUCCCAAGGUGGUCGAGCCGACAAUGAGCUCGAUGGAACCUUGACGACAACUAUUUCGGCGACCUUGUCGUUCACCUUUACAAGUACUCAUGUGGUCACCUUGCCAACCAUUUCCUCCUUCACCACAACAUCCUCUACUUCGAAGCCGACAUAUACUGCUACUGAAAUCUAUGCUGUCAGGCCAGGUGCACCUUUCCACAUGAUGCCGUUCCAGGCUGCGGGCGGCGUGUUCCGACUUGGUGGUGGGAAUGCAGCUUACUGCCCGCUGUAUGCAGAGAAACUUGGAGCAUGUGAAGCUCGGACAAACAUCACUGGUAUCAAUGGCUGUUCUCUGUCAACUGUGGUUCCUGGCGGUCAAUCAAUCUAUCUCGCACCAGACGGCGAGCUCAAGUACACACCACCUCACUCGGCAUAUAUGGUCCCCGGCUCAAUCUCCUGCCCUCUGAGCUAUACUGAGGUUAGAGACAGCGACGCAUCCGAGGUGAUGAUUGCUGGUUUCGGUGCUACGAGUUUCAUGGCCUGUCCGAUGCUUACUAGUACAAGGGUCAAGCAACAAUGGCAGGUCUAUGCAAACACCCUUAAUGCUAGCACACCACUGAGACACGAGAACGACACUACCUGCUGGGUGUUUGAGGCUGUAGGUGUUGAAAAACAACUAAGUCAUUUUGCAGCAACCUGGGAAUAUGUCUAA